CUGGUUUAUCCUUAUCACUGUAAAAUAUGAAAAUGUUUAUUAGGUUAUGUUUAAUUGUUGCCCUUUUGGAAUCACAACAACUAUGUAUACAAGCACAAAACGGGGUAAUUUCGAACACUGAUAUGUUGGAAUCAAAUAGAACUCAAACUACCUCUACAACCUAUGUUACCACAACAUUCGCCUCAAAAAAUAUAAAAUCAACAAAGAAGACGAUAACUGGACAGAACAAGCUCGCAAACAGCACAAACAAACCGAUAUCCGUAACCUCGACAAGGACUAAAAAUUCGACAAGACACAAAUUCCAAAACUCCACAGAAGCAAUAUAUGUUUUUGAACGCUGGCAUUGUUACGACACGCAUAAGCCAAAUUCAUCAGCUCUUGAUCGAUGUUGCCGGGCGGAAAUGCGACGUUACGAAUCAAGGUGGUCAAAUGGAGGCUAUUACCUGACAACCAUUUUAGACCGACUGCAGAGAUGGGGAUGCUACCAAUUUGAAUAUGAAUGCAAAGAACCAACGUGGAAUUUUUCUGAAUACACAUCUCUCAUAUACGAUAGAUUUUGUAACCACACUGUUUUAGAAGAGAAAUGUGUGAAAACUGUUCAACAAGUUGUUCAAAGUUAUGGUUUUAUUAAACCCCUACCUCGUAAAAACAAAAUUACUGAAGCGAGAUGGCUGGUACUUGCCGAGUCUCUGACUUCAUCGGAAAUGCAUCUUCGAGAUUUAGUCAAACCUUGCAUCCAAGUUGCACUUUUCGACAAAAAAGACGGCGGAGUUGGAAGGUUUCAUGAAAUCGUUGAAGCUUAUUUUCCCUUCUGCGGAAUACAAUGGAAUGGAUACGAUUACGACACGGCCAUGUAUCGCGAUGUUUCCCCGUGGACUGGAGCUUCAUUGUGGUGCAGAGGAACCAUGACUAUUUUCCUUGUUAUGAUGGCGAUUGUUGGGUUCACAACACUAAUUGCAAACAUUGUGAUCUUGGGUGUAUUUGCAGUCACACCAAAAUUAAGAAAUAGUCAGUCUAUAUACAAAAUCUCUCUUGCAAUUGCAGAUUUAUGUGUUGGGCUUGUUAUCUGGCCAAAUAUGAUUGCUAUGCAAUAUUUGACGUUUUUUGCACCAAGACAAAUGGGAAGAAUUGUACCUCAUCCGUCCACAGCAGAAAAUGACACAUGGGUCGCACAUUUUCCCUUCGGUAACAACAGUCUUGUUCAUCGUUUUCCCGGAGGAACGUUUGGACAAAGAUUUCCUCGCCCUUAUAUUGUUUUUACUGGAUUUUUCACUAUAUUAGUUUUGUUUGUAUCUAUCUACACAUUGAUGUGGGGAAGUUUCGACAGAUUUUGGGCAGUUUUUCGUCCUCUCAGAUACAACAAACAUAACGCAAAACGUCAGGCCAAAAUUGCAUGUGCAGCACUAUGGGGAGUGUCAAUUUUUCUGGCUGUUUUGCCUACGUUUAUCAAACAAAUCCAAUAUAAUGUUAUUUCAUCCUUAUUUAUUGCGUCAUCUGGAUUAACCUCACUCGUUUUACUGUUCUUCGGUUUGUUACUUCCUUUGGUAAUAACUUGGAUCGUGACAAUUUUCACGUUCGAAACGUCGAAAAAACACGCAAGAAAUCGUGAGAGAAUUGUCUCGAGUUCUUCCAACUCUGACGCAUUGGAAAGGCGACUUGCUCGAACUUUGUCACUUAUGGUCUUAGUUUUUACAAUCUGCAUUCUACCCGCAAUGGCUUGUAUCAUUGCCGGAUUUAUAUUGCCUCAAACGGCAAUGAACGACCCCAAAGAUUUGAACGUUCCAGUUGAAAGGGCUUACACCUCAGCAGAAUACAUUUCAGUCAUCUUAUUGACAUCAAACAGUCUAUGGAACUGCUUUAUAUACAGUUUGAGAACUCGUGGAUUUCGCGAAGCAUCAAAAAAGCUAUACGAGGAUUUCCUGGAGAAGACAAAACUAGGAUAUGUGCGACGUGGUGCCUUGUACGUAAUUCAAGGAGCUCGACGAGUCAGCUUGUCGUCACUGUAUCAAAUGAGAAAAAUGAGUAACGUCAGCACGUCUGACCUGCGAAAAAAGAGCGUAACAUCAUUAUCGACGAAUAUAACAAAGAUUUCAGAGACGGGUUCGUCUGGACCACGACCAAGCGUAGAUAUGACUUCAACGUCAGUGUACAUUGGUUCGUCUACCAAUUCAAAUGCUUAUUCCGCCCAAUAUAAGAAAAAAGACAAUAAAGGAGGCAGAAAACAGUCUUCGGCUGGAAUAGUUGAACUAAGAGUCGAACGCAAGAAACAACAAAAGGAAGAAGACAACGAAGCGUAUGUUGGUGAUGAUUCUACAUUUGGAUCCUUCGCAAUCGAUACAGGAGCUGAUCGAUUCUUCCAUUCUGUUAUGGAAAACGUAGAAGAACAAGUUGAAGAAGAGGAAAAUGCUGAAAAGAAAACUUGAGUGAAAACACGGAGAAAUAAAAAUCUGAAUUUCAUUGUCAGCUUUGAAAAAAGAAAAAAUACGAUUUGAAUUCACGGGAUAAACACCAAGCAAUGAUGCUUAUAAAUUGCUCGAUGAUAAAACAGAAUUUCCAGUUUGAACGGGUACAUGUACGCGAACAAACAUUAGGUAAUAACAUAAAGUGGAGUGAUUGGAAUCAUUAUUUUCGUAGGCAAGAUCGCAGAAAGCGAUAAGUACUUUGGAAGAUAAGAUAUUUUUGUAAAGCUUAAUUUGUAAAACCGUUUUGAAAUAACUUUUAAAAAAAGAGAAAUUUUUUUUUAAUAUGCAUGGAAGUUAUUUCGAAGCAAAGUUACCGACAGUUGACUAACAAAGAAAGGUUGGAUAUAUAAAAGAUACAUAAUAUAGAUUAUAUAUUUUUUAUCAGUGUUGCCAAAUAUACCGCUUGCCACAGGUUCCCAAUCUCAUGGCGCCUUUACUCUCUUUUGGUCUUUGAGUCUUGUACAUUGGAAUUCAUAUUUGAGGAAGUAUUUUACAAUACAGAUGUAUAUAUUUAUGGUAUUAUCUUUAUUAUUUAUAUUGAUGAAAGCGGCUACUAAUCGAUAAGGAUUCAUUUUUAUAAUUAAAUACCCAGUAUAUCAUUGUAUUGUCCGUAAAGCAUAUCGUGAAUAUAUAUUACAAAGUUGGUUCAAAUUGAAACAAAACGUAAAAUAUGAAUUAUACAGGAUUUGUGUGUUGGAGAAUGUCAAAAUUUUAUGACGUGAGAAAUUGUGCAUUUUCAUGAUUUUGCUAUAUAUGCAGUUGAUUUAAUGAGUUUCUGAUUAAAACAAAAAUAUUAAAGUAUUGUCUUUAACUAUGUUUCUUGCACUGUUUGAUUACUAUACACUGUUAUCGAAGUCAGUAUAAUUACGGUUGUUUACAGAAGCAUUCAAUUUCUCUCGUAACUCCUGAUAUAUACUUAUUGUUUUUGCUUUGAGAUAGCACCUAAAAGUAAUUAUCCAUUGACAUCUGGUUGAACUUUGCUAAAUUGUUCUAUUAGUGGGAAUAAUUUUGUGUCCUAUAUAAAUAUUUUGUUUCUCGUAGGGGUGUGUCUAGAGGGAGGGGCGAAGGAGUCCCGGGCAGCACGUUAUUGGGGCGAGUUUGUUGCGUAGUUUGAUUAUUUAAAUAUUAAAACACAAACAUUGCAUUUAUACUUGACCUUUGAUUUAUUUAUUUUCGUGUAUAGAAACAUAUAUAAUUUGUUUUUUUCACAAAUUUUGAAGUUAAGCAUAUGGGGCUGCAUUAUCAGAAACUCUCCCCGGACAGCAGAAAGGUUUGACGCGCCCCUGCCCGUAGCACAGUGGUCCUACUAUUUAGGGUAAUCAUUUCUGUUUUUUUUUUUUUAUGGAAGUUUAUAUGUUUUCUGUUGUGGUUGACGAAAGACACGACCCUGGACGAAAUGAAUACAUAAAAAAAUCUUUUAUACUAUUUG